CCCAUCAGGAUCUGUCCAAGGAUGAGGUGCUUUUUAUGAUCCACACAUACACACACACAGAUGUCUAAUCCAGCAAAGACCUCCUACAUCCUCAUUCCCAGUCCCACCCCUGUUAUUCACCACUGCAAGGCAGCAGAACACCCAACAGACACCGCACGUAUCUUCUCUCUCCGACCUGGCGCCCCCACCCCACCUCUGGAGUGCAUGGACGGACAAACGGGCUAAAACGUUUCCAUAUAAUGUGGAAUAUGGGCUUUGGUGGAAGACCUGUAUACAUGUAAAACACCACGUGGGACUAAAAAGACAAAAUCAGAGUGGCGAGAUAAAAGGACGAAAAAGAAGGAGAAAAGCUUUACAAACAACAACCUGGACUUUCAACAACAGACUGUGAUGAUGAUAGUGAUGAUUCUGAUCAUGUUCGUGUUUGUAGUAAUAAAGACAGCAGCAAUGUCGGCGCGCACCCCUGAGUUGGACAUAAACCCUGGAGUUGUGACCGACUUGGUCAAACAAACCGAGCACCCAUGCCCAGAGAUGCGCUUUUGGGUCACAGAGAAUCUCCGCAACACCCAGUGCCUGAACGUCACGCAGACGGCGUUCACUGUGAUUUCCCAGGGCAUGUUUACCAGCAUGCAGGAUCUCAGGAUACUCCACAUAUCGGGGAACGACAACCUCGAAAACAUCACAGAAUCUGCCUUUGCAAACCACCCUCGACUCACAGAAAUCCACAUCUCUGACAAUGUUGCGUUGAAGAGAAUCGAGGCAUUUGCAUUCUCUGAUCUUCCUAAACUUAUCAAGAUAGAGAUAACCAAGUCAAAACCCCUGACACACAUCCACCAACACGCAUUCAAGAACAUCAUUAAACUAAAGUUUCUGACGAUCUCCAGCACUGGGCUGACAACGUUUCCAAUCUUGAGUGAGAUCCACUCCACAGAAAAAGAAUUUCAAUUUCACCUCACAGAGAACAACCAAAUAAGGCUAGUUCCUGCCAACGCCUUCCGAGGCCUCUGCAGGGAAACCAUCAGCGAGAUACGGCUCACCAAAAAUGGCAUCAGGGAGGUGGCAAGCGACGCCUUCAACGGCACAAAGAUGCAGAGAUUAUACCUAAAAGGAAACAAACAGCUUACUGACAUCAAUCCAAACGCCUUUGUGGGUUGCGGUGGUUUGUCGUUACUGGACAUUUCCCAGACAGCCCUCAGCUCCUUGCCGGACAACAUCCUCAGUGGACUCAAGACGCUGAUUGCUGAGUCCGCCGAUAAUCUGAGAAAACUUCCUCCUCCGCAGCGCUUCACCGAACUCAGUGAGGCCAACCUGACCUACCCGUCACACUGCUGCGCCUUCCAAAGCAUGAACAGGAACGGAACGAGGUGGCACCCGAUAUGCUCUCAAACCGCAGCUAACCAUGAAGCUAACUUCAAAAAGGACUACUGCUUCAACUCAACCUCCAUCACCUGCAGACCAACUUGGGAUGAGUUUAACCCCUGCGAAGACAUCAUGACCACUGUCCCCCUACGGGUCCUCAUCUGGAUCAUCUCUAUCCUCGCAUUGCUCGGGAACACGGCAGUACUUCUGGUCUUGUUAGGCAGCCACUCCAAACUGACAGUCCCGCGUUUCCUCAUGUGCCACUUGGCCUUUUCUGACCUCUGCAUGGGCAUCUACUUGGUAGUCAUUGCAACCGUGGACAUCCUCACACGCGGCCAGUACUAUAACGGCGCCAUAGACUGGCAGAUGGGUGUUGGCUGCAGUGCCGCGGGAUUCUUUACGGUGUUUGCCAGUGAGCUGUCAGUGUUCACAUUGACAGCCAUCACACUGGAGCGCUGGCACACCAUCACGCACGCUAUGCGUCUCGACCGCAAACUUCGGAUGAGACACGCAUGCAUCGUCAUGACAGCGGGCUGGAUCUUCUCCUCCAUCGCCGCUCUGCUGCCCAUGGUCGGGGUCAGCAGCUACAGCAAGGUGAGUAUCUGCCUGCCCAUGGACGUGGAGUCCCUGAAGGCUCAGGUCUACGUGGUUUCCCUUCUGAUCCUCAACAUCGUGGCCUUCUUCUGUGUGUGCGGCUGUUACCUCAGCAUCUACCUGACUGUCCGCAACCCCUCGUCUGCACCGGCGCACGCCGACACCCGUGUGGCCCAACGCAUGGCCAUCCUCAUCUUCACUGACUUUCUCUGCAUGGCUCCCAUCUCUUUCUUUGCUGUCUCAGCCGCCCUCAAGCUCCCGCUCAUCAGCGUCUCGGACGCCAAACUCCUGCUGGUCCUCUUCUACCCGAUCAACUCGUGCUCCAACCCCUUCCUGUACGCCUUCUUCACACGCACCUUCAGGCGGGAUUUCUUUCUCCUCACAGCUCGCUUUGGCCUGUUUAAAACACGGGCGCAGAUUUAUCGUACAGAGAGUUCCUCCUGUCAGCAGCCGGCAUGGACCUCUCCAAAGAGCAGCCACGUCAUGCUGUGCUCCUUGUCCAACACUUUGAAUGGGAGACAGGAGUGCUGAAAAUCCACAGACAAAGGCUUUUUGCUUUUUGUUUGUCUGGAGGGUCUUAUUCCUUUCCCCCCAGAAGUCCUAGUCUUAAGAGAAAAUUCCUCUUAGGUCCAUUGGAGAUAUUGACAGAAUACAAUGCACCCUUAAAUCUACAAGAAAUUCAACAUUGUUCCAGAGGUGCACUUUUUUCACAUGUAAAAGAUGUGGAGACACAGAACGGACUGCUAGAUCCUGAGGAUGACAGACCAACUCACGCCAAUUUUGCAAGUUUUCACUUAUCUCCGAUGUGUUGUGUCUUUGGCCAACGACUCUCGGGCCCUGACCUCUGACCUGCAACAACACAGAAAAGCUGUCCUACAUUAUUCCUCGGGUUUGUUUUACCGUGUUUGGAACGCGAGAUGGGUUUGGGUGUCCUGCGCCAUAACAAUUAGAACUAGUAGUCAAAUUAGAAAGAUUAGAGGCAGGAGAGGAGGGUAAUUUUACUUUCAAGCAUUAUCUUGCCCUCCAUCCAGUGUCUCAAGAUAAUUCAAUAACCUGGAGUACUUUGAAACAAUUUAACAAAGAUUUGACACUAGGGACUUUGGCACAUGGACUAUAAGAAUUGAUUAUUUAUUUAGCAUAAACCCUUAUGAUUGAAUGAUAGUACACCACAAGGACAUGCUCAUUAAUAAUCUCCUCAUCAACUCUGCAGUAGCUCUCCUUGCCUCCAACAUUUUAGUUUGUCUUGAAAUGAAAAAACGGUAUUUAUCUCUGUAUCUAAAUUAUGUUUAUCCUGUAUAAAUGGAAUUACUAUGAAGUCCUGGUUUGAUGUACAUCUGUGUAUUUAAGAAAAAUAAUUGUUAUGGUUGUCAAUGUCACAUAUAAAUGUGCCUAUAA